AUUUACUUAACUCAAGUUGAAUGUUAGAUAAAAGAUGGCUAUUCUCUAUGAUUUUAACAGUCUUUACUUGAACAAGACACUUUUAACCAUUCAACUUCAUUGAUUCAUUUUUUCUAUUCUGUUACUACCGAAAAUUCGGUUACAACAUAGACUACGAUGUCGUCGGAGACUCCCCAGAAGAAACAGUUAAUAUGGCUGAUCACGGGCUGUUCAUCUGAAAAAGGCUUCGGCCUAGCAUUGAGUCGUCUUGCACAAGCAAACGGUCAUCACGUUAUCGCAUCAUCCCGCGACCCUAGCCGCACCCCAGAACUUGUUGAAGAGAUUACUAGCAAAGGAGGAGAAUGGGUGAAACUCGACUUGGAUGACCCGGAUUGUGGCAAAGUCAUCGAGGACAUUGAAGCGCGAGGAACUGCAAUUGACGUCCUGGUCAACAUUGCCGGUUUUGGCCUUACAUACCCGGCCGACUCUUGCAGCGAAGAAGAUGCCCGCCGGUUGAUGGAGACUAACUACUUUGGCCCGUAUCGCUUAAUACGCGCUGCAGUGCCCCACAUGCGAAAAAGACGCUCUGGUAUUGUCGUGACUUUUAGCAGCGGCGCCGGCCUUGAAGCAAAUCACACGUUGGGGGCUUAUGGUGCUUCUAAGGCAGCUCUGGAUGGUGUAACACGAGUACUUCAUAAGGAAAUGCAGGCGUUCAAUGUCCGAGUCUUGUUGGUUUAUCUUGGCACUUUCAACACAGCCAUGUCCCAGGCCACGGCAAAAAAACCGCGGCCAAUUGAUC